AACGCGUGGGUGAUAAUUCUGGAAGGAGCGUCUGAUGAGCUAAAGUAGCACUACCCUCUUUAAAGGGAUCAUUUUGAACACACUGAGUUGAACUUAUUUUUGUAUCUUAUAUUAAACUCUACGGGUAUCGAGUCAACCCCCUGAAAACAUGGCAGAAAGUGACUGGGACACCGUUACUGUCUUGAGGAAGAAAGGGCCGACUGCUGCCCAGGCCAAAUCCAAGCAGGCUAUCACCUCUGCUCAGAGACGUGGGGAGGACAUUGAGACAACCAAGAAAUGGUCUGCGGGGCAGAACAAACAGCAUCUUGUGACAAAGAACACAGCCAAACUGGACCGGGAGACGGAGGAGCUACACCACGACAGGGUUCCCCUAGAGGUGGGCAAGGUCAUUCAGCUCGGCAGACAGGAGAAAGGCCUGACCCAGAAAGACCUGGCCACUAAAAUUAACGAGAAGCCUCAAGUCAUUGCCGACUAUGAGUGUGGGAGAGCAAUUCCUAACAACCAGGUCUUGGGCAAGGUCGAGAGAGUAAUCGGGUUGAAGCUGCGUGGGAGGGAUAUUGGCCAACCCCUGGAGGCAAAACCCAAGAAGAAAUGAACACAAAGCCUCGAAAUCAGCCCUUCCCAGGUCCCAUCUUUCCUAGCCGCUGAAACCUGAACCAUUUCCACACCCCCACCCCUCCCGAGGAUCCCGAAAAACUCUCCUCCUCUCUCCCUCUUCCCUUCCUCUACCUGGGCUGAUCUCACCUGCGUCCUGCCCGAGGACCUGGUGCUCCACCGCAUACUGACAAGUCAUCAGACAAACACUCUCUUGACCACGUAAUCAAGUGAAUGAUCGAAUGCAUUUUUUUUUUUUUUUUCAA